AUGUCGACUCGCGAACACGGACGCAGGCAAGGUAGAGGCAGAAUAGACAAUGCUAUGCCUGAAGCGACAGGGAACAAUCCUCCUAACCCUGUAGACUUCAUGGCUGCCCUAGGGAAUAUGGCCGCGGCGAUGCAAGCGACAGCCGAAGCUUUAGGAAAUCAAAUAAACAAAGGAAAUAAUGGCAAUAACGGCGAUGAUGGUCCUAUGAUGCUUUCCUCCUUCUUGAAGGUUCAUCCUCCGACCUUCAGAGGAACCUCAAACCCUACCGAUGCGGACAACUGGAUUCAAGCUAUAGAACGAGCAUUACAGGCUCAGCAGGUUCUUGAAGAGCAGUGGGUUGAGUUUGGAACCUAUCAACUGCAAGGUGAGGCUCAGCAUUGGUGGCAGGGCACGAGGCAAAUUCUGCAGCCUAAUGGGGUUGUAAUAUCUUGGAAAUUGUUCCAAAUAGAGUUUUAUAAGAAGUACUUUCCCAGUUCAGUCAGAAAUGCUAAGGAACUUGAACUGCUUCAGCUGAAACAAGGCCAGAUGACUGUUACUGAGUACACUAGUAGAUUUGAGAAAUUGUAUUGCUUUUCACGGAUUUGUCAAGGAGCUCCCGAGGAUUUUGCUGAGUGGAAAUGUAUCAAGUAUAAAGGAGGCCUUCGGAGUGAUAUUCUGAGCUUUGUUGUACCGAUGGAUAUCAGGGUAUUUCUGAACUUAUGA